AUUGUAUGAUUCCCGAUGGCUUCCUUUGGAAUAGUGGUUAGAUUUGUCAACCUUACGGACCCUUUCCUCGGAUGGCCAAAUUCAUCUGAUCAUAACCAUCCACACAAUUACUACGCUCUGCUUUUCUCACCGCUGAUCUUUGCCAUCAUUUUUGGGAAUGUACUGGUGUGUCUGGCAGUGCUGAGAGAAAAAUCUUUGCAAACGACAACCAACUAUCUCGUUGUCAGCUUGGCAGUAGCAGACCUGCUCGUAGCAAUCUUGGUGAUGCCUUGGGUUGUGUACCUUGAGGUAGUAGGGGAUUGGAGCUUCAGUCGAACAAGCUGCAACAUUUUUGUGACACUGGAUGUCAUGAUGUGCACAGCAAGUAUUUUAAACCUUUGUGCUAUCAGUAUUGAUAGGUACACUGCUGUUGUGAUGCCAAUCCAAUAUAACACAAAUUACAGCUCCAGGAGACGGGUGACUAUAAUGAUUACUGCUGUAUGGAUAAUGUCAUUUGCAGUGUCUUGUCCUCUCUUGUUUGGUUUCAAUACAACAGAUGACCCCAGCUUAUGUUCUAUAUCCAAUCCAGAUUUUGUUGUGUAUUCGUCCAUCGUGUCCUUCUACUUACCAUUUUUUGUUACAUUGUCAGUUUAUGUACGUAUUUACAUUGUACUUAAAAAAAGAAGGAAACGCAUCACCUCGAGACAAAACAGCAUUAACAUGGUUACAGAAAGUGGCAUGCAGACCCAGGAAAGGAUAGAAAAUUUUCCCAGAAGUUUACAUGCAUUCGCUUGUUUGAGAUUUAACAAGCAAAGGGGACUUUCUUCAAAUAACAAACUGCUGGCACCAGUUGAAGUAGCAAAUUAUUGCAGCAUGAGCCAUGCAACAUUUGCAAAAACAGACAAUGGGAUUGAGGAAUCAGAAAGAAAGAGCAUGUGUACAAUAAAACAUGCUUCUGAAGUGAAAAAGCUGUCCAGUGGCAAAACUACAACUUCACUGAGACCUGUAUUAAAACGCAGGAACCUGCAAAUGAGAGAAAGGAAAGCAACUCGGAUGUUGGUCAUUGUUCUUGGUAUAUUCCUGGUAUGCUGGCUGCCAUUUUUUAUCACACACAUAUUGAAGAUCCACUGUAAGCAAUGCCAUGUGUCAACAGAACUUUACAGUGCUACUACCUGGCUUGGAUAUGUCAACAGCGCAGUAAAUCCCAUCAUAUACACCACCUUCAACACUGAGUUCAGGAGAGCAUUCCUCAGGAUUUUAGCUUGCUAAGUGAAGUCUUUGAGAUGUUACCAUUGGGAUUUGAACGCUUACUUCCCCUUUCUCCUAGCCACCAGAAUAAACUGUUGCCAUAAAGGAACUCUACAGUCACAGUCUACUGAGAACAGUCCUAUUAAAAUUACCUAAUCUUCAGAGCUGUUUUUCAUGGUUUUCAUGGUGUUGAGAAAGCUAGAGUCAAACGCCAGAGUUCAGCAUACCAACCGGUAUAAAGAGAAUUCAAGGAAACCAGAAGGUGGAUGAUAUCAAACAUAGGUCUUCAGAGUAAGGGAAUGAG